CAAGUAGUAAAGUACAUUUCUAUUUUCUAUUUUUUUUUUAAUUAGAUGCAACCUUCGAGGAUGCUCUUUAAUUUGUGAAAAAGUUAAAUUACUAUUUUUAUAAAAAAAAAUGUCCUAUUAUCUUAUUUUAGUUCUCGGGUGUUUGAGCGUACUUUCGCUAUCCAGCACCAAUGAAGUGCCAACGAUUGCUAUUUCUUGUGGUAAUACACAAUUGGAGACCUUACCCAAAUAUCAACAAUCUAUGAAUACUCUUGAAUUUAAAAAACUGCUUUUGUCUCUCUGGGAUGAGGAUACCAAAGUAGUAAUGGUCUUAGAAAAUGAACUUAGUCUUGAAGAUUUCACAAUGAAAGGUACUGAUGGUCGCAGCUUAUUUAAAAUAUUUGAAAAUAUUGAAGAUCGUCGUUUUUUCCCUUCCGUUGAUCAACCAGAAAAAGCCCUUGAAAUGUUAUCAAAGAAUGGGUUUACUGUAAAAUCUUAUAAUGCUGAUACAUAUACAAAUAAUUCUGGGAAAAUUAUAACUUUUGCUGAUCUUAAUGAUAAUAACCAUGAUAGUAAUGAUGAUAGUAGACAGUCAAUAUUGCAAAAACAUAAUAAUGAUGUUUCAAAAAUAUUUACUGCUCUUUGCACACAGUACAAAAAUGUAGUAUUAUUGUUUUCUGGUAAAAUGAAUCCUUGGGUCGAAAAAAGUGAAGCAUCAAAUGCACAUCAUUUAGUAACUAGACACCUGAUGGCUGCUAAUGAUAAAUCUGAAAUAUUUAAGAUUGUUGAUCCCAAAGGAAAAUCACUUAUAUACUCGGCCAGCUAUCCAACUGUUUCUGUUAAUAAUGGGCCAGAUACUCCACUUGAGCCUUCAAGUUCAAAUACUAAUAUUUUCCUUGAUGAUUCACGUGAAUCAUUACUCAAAGUUGGAACAACAUUUUCCGUUAAUAAUACUAAAGUUACAUUACGUUUUCGUUUUGAAAGAUUAACAUUCACAUGGGAAUUGAAAUCAAUCGAGUAUGAACAUGAUGACAUUACUGUUUUACUUUCUCCCAAGCAGCAAAUUGGGGCUCAAAAAGGACUAUCUUACUUCUCUGCAGGACCAGUAAUCUUCUCAAAUGAUUCUAUUGUAUUGAAGUUUGACGACAAAUUCCAAGUUCAACCGUGGUUAACAUCAGAAAGCCCAAAAUUCAGUGAUCCUCAAGAACAAAACUCUUUCUUUACACCACCUAUCUUAGCUGGUUUAUUUGUUACUGCCAUUAUGUUGUUUAUUGUAACAUGGGGUAUUACAAUGAUAAUGGACAUCAAAACUAUGGAUAGAUUUGAUGAUCCAAAAGGUAAAACUAUUACCAUCAAUGUUGCUGAAUAAAUUUACAUUCCAUCAAUGUUUUUAAGUAAAUAAUUUAUUUGUUAAAACUUGUGUUAAAAAUGUUUUUAAUUUCCUUAAAUUUAAAUAUUAUUUUAGUUAAUAUUUAGGCUUAUAAAGAACUCAUUUUUUGUUUAUAGUAAAAUAGAUAACUUGUACAAUAUUAUUAUGAUAUUUAAUCCAUCCA